AUGUUAGAAGUUCAUCCCAAGGCUAAUUCUUAUGAAUAUUACAGUAGUUUAAUCACUAGUCCUUAUGUUGAGAAAAAGCAAGUAGGAAGUUCUACUAAAACUGUUGAUGUUCCUUUGUUUUUCGUUGGUUAUAGUUCUUCAACUCCUUCUGAUUUAGAUAGGCAUUUCAAGCCAUUAGAUAUUGUGAUGUUGGUGGUAGUGAUAGAAUUUGCCAUUUUUCAAGAGAGAGAAACGGAAAACUGCGAGCAUUUUGCUAACAUGUGUGUUUAUGGGGUAAAUUAUUCUGGGCAAAUAUAUGAUAAGAGAGGAGCUUUUAAUGCUACAAUUGGAAUUACGGGUGGUGCUACCAUAGGAACUAUGGGGGGAUUAGGUAUUUUUAACCUUAUUGGUUCAAUUGCUCUUGCUCCAGCUACUGGCGGAGCAUCUUUAUUUUUGGGAGCUGCUUCGACUGGAUUGGUAGGAGUGGGAACUGCUGUCACUGUGGAUGCUUGCGAAAGAUUUAGUGAAUUAAACAACAAUAAAGGCUCAACUAUUAAGUUGACUAGUGAAAUGAGUGAAAGUAAUGGCAAGUUAGGCGAGAAAGAUAAUUGA